UUACCAGAAUGUUGCGAUAAAAAGUGGAGCUGUAAGACAUGCUCUCCAUGUUAUUCUUAUCUUGUCUCUCAUGGUUUAAAUACAAUUAAAAAUGGCAUUGGAGGAGUUGGAAUGUUUUUCAGUUUCACUUUGGUACGUAGACAAAUUUACAUGCAUUUGAGCUGCAUGGGUCAGAAUCCAACUCUGCAUUUUGAUUGGAUGAUGGCUCCCCACAGGAAGCCCAGGCUCUACGUGUAGCCCGCAUUCAGCCUUUGCCUGCGCCAGCCCUAACCCUCUUUUUCCUGUGGGCUCCCAGGCCAAUUCAUGACGUAAUUGUUGAAAUAGUGCAUUGCUUCCAGUGAUUGCUUCCCGUUGCAUGGCAGUGAGACUCGCGUUUCUUCUGUUGUCAUAAAACGGGAACAUCUGGAAAAUGGAAGUGAAUACUGACAAUGUGAUUUCUCUUUUGGUCAUGUUUUACAGUGUUUGAGUUUUUUGAGUUGCCAACACUAUGGCCCUUUACGUAACAUUAAUUACUGUAGCGUGGCAAUAGACAGUACCAUACUAUACAGUGAUCGGGAUGUUCCACAUGGCAUAGUUAAGGAGCCAUGGAGCGACGUUAUAUCCAUUAUUUAAGGGGUUAGCUCCAAAUUCAAAUGUCAAAAUAUGUGCUUUAUAAAAACUUUGAAUCAACAAUUAUGGAUUUAGGUCAUUUCCAAAUCAUUUGGUGGCAAAGAUCUUCUGAACCUGGGGUAAAUGGCAUCCAAAAAAUCUAACAAUAUAGAUUGUAGGGCCGCUAAAAUAGCCAUGAAGCCAAAUUCAAAAACUAUUGGGGUAGGAUCUACCUCAGUCAUACACCUGUUGAAGUUUGAUUUCAGGAUCCAUUGUCGUCACCAAGUUACUCGUUUUGGAUCGCUUGGUGGUCCAUGUCUACCUCCAUUCAAAGACUGGAUACUUCCACAAAAAUAACAUCUGCAUGCAUGAUGUUCCAUUUUCUUGAACGUAAUUCUCCCAACGUGCAAAUGGCAUAAUUGUGCUGAAUUUUCUUGUAGUUUGUUGGAGUGGUGAUGGCGUUCAGAUACAGACAUCAGAAAGAUCCUCGAGCAAAUCCAAGUGCUUUCUUGUAA